CCUUGUGUACAGAACAAGUUCCAGAACAGCCAGGGCUACACAGGGAAACCCUGUCUUGAAAAACAAACAAACAAAAGAAUGAGUUUGAGGCCAACCUGGGCUAGAUGAGCCCCUGUCUUGAUGGGAGACGGGGAGAGGGCAUUAUGGAGGAAGACAGGUUCUUAACUAUCCUGAGAAAAGCCUGAAAGAGGAAGGCAAGGCCUGAGUAGCUGUCUUCUCCCACUGUCCUUUCUCUGUAUCUUCUGCUCUUCUCUCCCCAGAUCCCAGUGGUAAAAAAGAUCCUUUCUUUGGAAACCCACCUACAAAGUCAGUCCUACAUUAGAUGAUGUUGUGACACAGUCCACCAGUGGUGUCCCUCACUCCUAAGGACCCUGUAAAGCAGGCAGAGGUCGAGGUUCUGCAAAUCCCUACGAACCACAAACAGUUCAGAGGCCCAUUUGGAUGGCCUUCGUUCGGAGUCUGUUGUAAUAGCUACCGUUUCUUCACUUUAAACUUCAUUUGGAGUUUUUGACCUCUUUUCAGAUUUAAUCUGAACAAAUUUUCCUCCUGAAUGCCUACCUUAGGUUUGCCCCUGGACAGCCAUUUCUGCUUAGGGCCACCACUCCGUUUUAGGUGCUGGCGAAGUUCUCCAGUGUUGGGAUUUUCAAAGCCUUUCUGUUUUCAUUCCAUCUUCCCUUAUAUCCUAAAGAUGCCAAAAGCACUUCCCUCUUGUUCGAUUUUCACAUAGGCCACAGGGACCUUCUUUUUCAGAAACUUCUCCCAUUCGGAAAAAUUACCGUAACCCACUUCUUCAGGCAAUUUCCUAGGAAUGGCAGAGCGCUCCUUUGCAAACUUCUGAAGCAUCAUUUUAAAAUGGACACUCCACAGAGACAGGGCUUCCCAGCCAUGGUUAUAUAUAUAUAUACAUGUAUGGAACUUUACACUUACCAAAGGCCAGUUCAUCUGAUACACAGGGAACAUCCCUUUUUAAUCUCUGAGUUCUGAUUAAAAUCAGAACACAUGUGUGUGCAUACAUGGUAUGUGCGUGUAUGUGCUGGGGGUUGCUCAGUAGUGUGCUACAAUGGAAACAGCUUCAGUUUUCUUUGCAAUCUCAAGGUGACAGAUACCUCUUAUUACCAGAUAUUAACCAUCAAAGUAUACAUGGCUUAGCACACGACCGUGGGGGUGCUUGAUGUGGCUCCUUGCCUAGGAACAGAGGCGUCAGACUGUCAGGGACUGUGAGCCUUGUUCCCACCUACCACUUUCUUUUUCCAUUGCCUUUUCUGGUCUUCCAGAGUAGCUUGCUAUUUGAUGAAGCAAGUUUCUCACUAGCGAACACUUCUUUGCUUACCCUGAUAACUUGGGAACGAUCUCCUGACCCUUCAGAAUGGGAAAGGAAGAAGCCCCAUUGGUUUGGUCAGUAGAAAAGCAUUUGAUGACAGCAAGGAGCGAGGGAGGAUUUCUGGAAGUGGAGUGGCUUUGAGGUCUUUUCAGCCGUGGCAUUAUCCCCUAGUUCCUUUUCUCCGUGUGGCUUCCAAGCACAGUGUCGGAGGCAGCUGGUGUGUAUAAGAAAAAUAUCCCAAGUCAUGUGAGAUGCAGCUGGACUUCCUGCUCACAGCCGUUGAGCAAGAGUUCUCCAGUCUUCAAAUGAGGAAGCCCAGAUCCCUUCCCUCUGCCUUAUGUAAAUCUUCUAGCUGAUCUCCCAAGAGUUGCCUGUAUCAUAUCUAUAAAAAGCUGUAAAGUUCACACUCUAGAGGACUAAAUCUGUGCUGGCCAAUCUGAAUGACUACUCAGUUAUACUAGUUUAGGAAAAUCCUGCCCCACCCUGACGAUUCAUAGUUUCCCUCAUAUUAGUGAUCAUCGGGUUUUUCUGCCCAGUGUUUGUAUUGAAGAUAACUUCCUCACCAGUAAAGACUUGAGGUAGCAUUCUAGAACCCCAGUAUUUAAACUAGCUGCUGUGGUAACGGUGGAACCCAGGCUUCUUGCUUUCAGUUUUCCCUACCUAGACAGAAAGAAAUUCCAGAGGAAGAGUGGAUGUAGAGCUCAGUGUUGGGUAUGAGGCUCUAGUUUGCUAGAUUGUUUGUAGCCAUCCCAUCUUCCCUGAGGUCUGUUAGACUGGUGUAAAGGACAGCCAGGAUGGGCCAGUGAGACACGGAGGAGGAGGGUUUGGGUCACACGGAGGAAUCCCUUUCGGUUCUUGCCAUGGUCAGAAGCUCAUAGGAAAGCCGUAAGAAAGAACAGACAUGUAGAGAAGAAAGCUGGUCAGCCAAAGGACAGGGGCAAUGCUCUCUUCUUGGAUGCCAGCAGCAGCAAGCUGUGUUAACAAUAGGGCUCUGUGCCAUUGAGUUUGAGAGAGGGAAACUACAUGACACUGGGACUUGGGAGCUGUCCUGCCUCUAUCUAGCCAGCCAAAGUGAAUGGGGUCAGUGUUAGCUGCCUUCAUCUAUGCAGUCACAAAGGUAAAGAUGAUACUGGGGGCAUAUUCCCUCCUGGGAGGCCUUGGCCUCACGCCUCAGCAACUGUGGCAAGACGUGCUAAAUAACACCUUUGUUUGAGCCAGGGUUAUGCAUCGUCAACACUUUUAUGCCAAGUCUAGGUGGUUUCAGAUCAAGCAGCGAGGACGUGGACAUGGACCAUCCCUCUGUGCAGCUCUGAAGUAGAGCCAAGCACUCUGCCUGCCUGUCAGAGCCCUAGAGCCUAAGAAGUUCGCUGCUGGUGAGGGGGAUGGCCAGGAUUCCUGGAGUUGGAAGAUCUUCAGCUUCGUCAUCUCUGGAGAACAAGGAAGACAAUGAAAGUGACGUGGCCCUUCUUAGUCCCAAGGACCCUGACAGAGUCCACACCAAGGAGCAGCUGGCACAUCCUGCGUCCUCCAAACUUGACCCAAGCAUGCAAGGCCUCCCUGCUGGGCCCAGCCUGGAUGAUUUAAUUCCUAGCCACCUCCGAGCCUAUAUAGGCCCAUCCUCCCGGGGGAGCAGGGUGCCCGUGAUCCGGAAUGGUGGCUCCAACACCCUUAAUUUCCAGUUCCAUGACCCCGCACCCAGGACUGUGUGCAAUGGCUACGCUCCACCCAGGAGAGAUGGUUCCCAGCAUCCAGACCCAGCAUGGUAUCAGACCUGGCCAGGCCCUGGGAGCCGGCCCUCUGCCAGCCCGAAGCAACCUGCCUCCCAGCAUGCCCAGAACUGGUCAGCCACCUGGAGCAAGGACAACAAGAGACGGGACAAGCGCUGGGUGAAGUACGAGGGAAUCGGGCCCGUGGAUGAGAGCGGCAUGCCCAUUGCCCCCCGAUCUAGUGUUGACAGCCCCAGAGACUGGUAUCGGAGAAUGUUCCAGCAAAUUCACCGGAAAAUGCCAGACCUGCAGCUGGACUGGACCUUGGAAGACCCACCCAAAGGGGUGUCCUCGCGUGCCUCUUCUGCAGACCCAAGGCAUCCAGGGCCCCAGCAAAGACCCGCCUCCAGGCCUGGCACAGCAGUGACUGCUAACGGAAGACACUGGAACCACUCUGAAGAGACAUCUAGAAACACCUUUAACUAUAAUUUCAGACCAUCCUCUUCGGGGCUCCAACCCCCAAAUCAGGUGCCCAGACGUCGAGAGAAAGUAGAGGAUGUCUGGACAGAAGACUCUUGGAACCAGUUUCUGCAAGAAAUAGAAACUGGGCAUAAGCCCAAGAAACCACUGGUGGAUGACCCUGUUGAGAAACCUGCACAGCCCAUUGAGGUCCUGCUAGAGCGAGAACUGGCCAAGCUGAGCGCAGAGCUGGACAAGGACCUGCGGGCCAUUGAGACCCGCCUGCCGUCCCCUAAGAACUCGCAGGCGCCACGACGGUCCCCUGAGCAGCCCGCCCCAGAGCAGCGGCCCUCGGCCCGCCCGGCCUCCGCCUGGAGGCCCAGCUCCCCGCAUGCACCUUACUUCGGUUCUUCCCGACCCCUGAGCCCCCACAGAAUGGCAGAUGGAGGAGGAAGCCCCUUCCUGGGACGUAGAGAUUUUGUCUACCCUUCCUCAGCCCGAGAGCCUAGUGCCUCUGAAAGGGGUAGCAGCCCUUCGAGGAAGGAGGAGAAGAAGAGGAAGGCUGCCCGGCUCAAGUUUGACUUCCAGGCUCAGAACCCCAAGGAGCUGACUCUGCAGAAGGGUGACAUUGUCUACAUCCACAAAGAAGUGGACAAGAACUGGCUGGAGGGAGAGCAUCAUGGCCGCCUGGGCAUCUUUCCAGCUAAUUAUGUGGAGGUGAGUGGGAGAGAUGGAGCAAGCAGGCUGGGAGACUCCAUGGCUUGGGAGAGACUUAGACGGCGGACCCCGGGAGUAACAGAUGGCUGCCUGAGUGAGAUGACCCCGGUAAGCCACCCUCAGGUGUGUGAUGCCCGAGAAACCCCUGCUGACACAGACCCCUCUCUAACCCCGCAGGGGGAACGCAUCUGCCUGAUCCGCAAGGUGAACGAACAUUGGUACGAGGGACGUAUCACCGGCACAGGACGCCAGGGCAUCUUCCCGGCCAGCUACGUGCAGAUAAACCGGGAGCCCCGGGUCCGGAUCUGCGACGACAGCCCCCAGCUCCCUGCCUCACCCCACCUGACACCCACUGCCCGUGUGGCCUGCCACCCUGGCUCCCCCUCAGUACAAGUGGACCCCACUGACUGGGGAGGUCGGACCUCCCCUCGCCGCUCUGGCUUCCCUUUCCCCAUCACCCUCCAGGAGUCCAGACCCCAAACCCAGAGUCUCGGCACUCCUGGACCAGCCCUGUCCCAUCCACGAGGCACCAGCCGUCCCAUAGAUCUGGGGACCCCCUCCCCAAGCACCACAGCGAUACACUGGACUCCGUACCGGGCUAUGUACCAGUACAGGCCCCAGAAUGAGGAUGAGCUGGAACUUCGUGAGGGGGACCGCGUGGAUGUCAUGCAGCAAUGUGAUGAUGGCUGGUUUGUGGGUGUCUCCCGGAGAACUCAGAAAUUUGGGACAUUCCCUGGAAAUUAUGUAGCCCCGGUGUGAGUGGUCUCCAUGGCAGUUUGGAGCCAACGAGGAUGGGGUGGGGAGCAGUAGCACUAUGGGAGGGAGAGAGGCCCCCCACACCCUCCUUCCCCCAGGACCUGUGCUCCCAGCAUCUGCAGAGACCCCGGCAACCUUCCCUCCGAGCCCCCCUGGAGGUCCCCUGGACUGAUUCCCACCCGUGAGUCACGGGCAUAUUCCUUUGACGGCUCCCCCGCACCACCCCUCAAAAUACAGACGUCUGCUCUGAUGUGGAGACUGUCUCCAGGCCUUAUUGAGACCAGACCCCCAGGCCCCCAUCCCCCCCAGCGUUUCCCCUAAUGGGGACUGGCUCCUCCCAUUCACCCCCAUGGGGUUCCUCUAAUAAGGACCAGCCUCCUACCCUGGUAGAGACCAAAGGACUCCUCCAGUUUCUCACCAGCUGGCCCGCCACCAUUUUACCUUCUGGCCUCCAGCUGGGCCUCAAAGCAAGGUGAGGAACACCUUGUCAGCCUUUCAAAGCCCAGUGAGAGGUCUUGCCCCUAGGCUUCCUCUUCCCAGAGGCUCCUGACCCCCUGAGGACCUCCACAUGUACUCCGAGCCCUCCCUCCGACUAAGGCCCACAGUCGCCCUGACCUCUCUCUCAGAAGACAGAGUCACAGGGAGACAUGCUUGCUGCCCUCAUCCCCAGGCCUCCCCAGUAUCUAGAUCCCCUCUGGAAGAGAAUGUACAAUAAACACGGAUACCAGGGA